CUGAACUGCCCCCUCUGGGGGGUCCUCAGGGCCCCCCUGCUUGCUUUACGCUCAUUCCCCCAUGCGUUGCCGACCGCCCGAGCUCCGCGAGGACUUCUUGGACCGGGGCCUCCUGGCGGUGCCCCCAGCGCCGCCCCCGGGGCGCGCUCCGCGCGCCAGGGAGGGUGGCCCAGCGCGGAUCCCAGGAGCCCGCGCGGAGCUCCGAAGGCUUGCGUGUUGUGCCGCUGCUUUCGUCUUCUCGCAUCGACCCCCUCUUCGACUUCGGCAGGAGCACCAGCGCCACGUGGGUGCGCUGCGACUCUCGGGAGUGCACGGGCGACCGCAGGUCCAAGUGCCGCGGCAGGGGCAGCGACCACUGCGGCUAUUCUCAGGGCUAUCUGGAAGGUUCGUCCAUCUCUGGCUGGUGGUUCCUCGACUACCUGCACAUGGGCGACUCGAUCCAGCGGAACCCGCCCGUCUAUGCGAAGAUGGGGUGCCACCAGAACGAGAACAAGCUGUUCUACACACAGGCCGCCAACGGCAUAUUUGGCAUCCAGGGACAGCAGUCGGUGCUGCACACGUUCUUCGCCGACAAAGGCCACGUGGACAGCAGCGCCUUCUCUAUCUGCCUCGCGGUCGAGGGCGGCGCCCUGACCGUCGGUGGGCACAACGAGAGCGUUCACGCCGGGCCGCUGCAGUACAUCAAGCAGUUGGGCAGCGGCUACGGCGUUGAGGUGUCGAGUCUGGCUGUAGGCACGGCGAGCAUCCCGAUCGAGCAUAAGUACAACGCCAUCAUCGACAGCGGCACCACGUAUACUUAUCUCAACCGGAAGCACUACCAGGCCCUGCGGAAGGCCAUCGAGGACCAUUGCGGCAAUGGGCGGUGCAGUGCAGUACAGCAUGGGGAUUGUUGGGAGGUCCGAGGUGGCCUUGACCACUUCCCACAAGUGGAAGUGACGUUCGACCACAGCGUCAGAACGGCAUGGUGGCCUCGAGAAUACAUGUACCAGAGGGGGUCGAAAUGGUGCUACUCUUUCAAGGACGAUGGGAUGCGGCCGACGACCACGCUGGGUGCCUCCUGGAUGCUGUACAAAGAGAUCAUCUUUGAUCUGGCGAACAAGAGGAUCGGCGUCGCGCCAGCCAGGUGCCCAUCGUACGUGAAGCGCCCCGAUCACUUCUCGGACGCAGACCGCAUCCGGCCCCCCGACGCCAGCGAGGUGGCGGCCCCCGCCGCUGGCGAGGCCGCAGCCCUCAGCCCGGCCUCCACCGCGGGCGCCGCGCCGCAGGCCUUGGCCCCCGCCGCCGCCCCCGGCGCACCCGGCCUCCCGGGCGCUGCCUCGGCCGA